CUAUGCUCUACAGCUAUGGCUCUCUUUUUCAUGUGUAUUUAUACCCAAGCUGUCUGCAUAUUUCCUCCACACUUCACAAAGCUCAACUUCUCAACUCCUUUCAGAGCUCUUCCAUUUGACGAAAUGGCUUCUCUCAAUAUUAUUCUUUUCUUCUCAUUUCUGGUCUCUUCCUUCUCUUCUGCACUUGCAUCUGAUCCAAGCUCACUUCAAGACUUCUGUGUGGCAGAUGCUAAUAACACUGCUCUUGUGAAUGGUUUUGCUUGCAAAGAUCCCAAGACGGUUGAAGCUGACGAUUUCUCCUUCAGUGGACUUCACUUGCCAGGCAAUACAUCAAAUCCCGUCGGCUCUAAGGUUACCCUAAUCAACGUAGCCAAAAUACCAGGACUUAACACUCUCGGCAUAUCUCUCGCACGCAUCGACUACGCACCUUGGGGUAUAAAUCCUCCACACUUUCACCCUCGUGCCUCUGAGAUCUUCACAGUCAUAAAAGGCAGUCUCCAAGUUGGAUUUGUUACUUCUAACCCUGAAAAUCGUUUCAUUACUAAAAUUCUGCACCAAGGCGAUGUGUUUGUGUUCCCCAUUGGUCUCAUCCAUUUUCAGAGAAAUUUGGGAGAUGAUAACGCACUUGCCAUUUCAAGCUUAAGCAGCCAAAACCCAGGCGUUAUGACUAUUGCAAAUGCUGUGUUUGGGUCUACUCCGGAUAUCCCCAGUGAUGUUCUUGCAAAGGCUUUCCAAGUUGACAAGGGUGUCGUUGAGUAUCUGCAAACGAAGUUCUAGAUGAUAUUUCAAUGAAACAUCAUGCCUUGGAAAUUGCCACUCAAUCAAUUUGUGUGUUUUCCUGUUUUGUCUCCUUUCAUGGUUUCCUGGUCAAGCAUAUUCAUUGUAAUUGUUAUUCUGAUGAUGUAUUCAUUUCUUUUUUC